ACGGCGGAGCUCCUCACCCCCUUCCCCCGGGUCGGGGUGCCCGUGAAGUUCGACAAGCUCCUCUACAACGGCCGGCAGAACUACAACCCCCAGACGGGGAUCUUCACCUGCGAGAUCCCUGGUGUCUACUACUUCGCCUACCACAUCCACUGUAAAGGGGCCAGCGUCUGGGUGGCAUUGUUCAAGAACAACGAGCCGCUGAUGUACACCUACGAUGAGUACAAGAAGGGCUUCCUGGACCAGGCUUCGGGCAGCGCCGUUGUCCAGCUGAUGCACGGAGACAAGGUUUACGUUCAAAUGCCAUCCGAGCAGGCGGCAGGACUCUAUGCUGGGCAGUACGUUCAUUCAUCUUUUUCAGGAUAUUUAUUGUAUCCCAUGUAAAACAAAAACCAGACACACACACACAUACACACAAAAUCAAAACCUUUCUUCUCUGCUUCAAACUUUUAUACCAUGAAAGAUGCAUUUUAUGACCAUUUUGGACCAUCUUUUACAAAAAAAAAAAAAAAAACCACACCAAAGUUUAACAUUCUGCCCAGCU